CAGAGCAUUUGCGCAGAUUUAUGGAAAAAGAUGAUGUGAUAUAUUUACGUCUGACGGAGUUGUCAAAGUCAGUAGGUUUAAUAAAAAUAAAAUUUGCUUUGCAAGAACGCCCUUCGAUCUAAAGUGGAAUAAAUCAUGUAUCGCUUUCACUAAUCUAAACUAUACAGUAACUUAUUACGUUAGAAGUGAAAUGUCCAUUAUAGUUUUUAAAAAUUAGGUUCUUUCCAAAGUGGUAAUUAAUCAACAAAACAAUGAAUUUAGAAGAUUCAGGGGGUAGCAUUGGUUUAGGAGUUGAGACCGUCUACGGAACCCAUGAAGAUUCCCAUGUUGUUAUGUCUGAGAAAGUCCAGUCUCUGGCUGGAAGUAUCUACCAAGAAUUUGAAAGAAUGAUUGCCAGAUAUGAUGAAGAUGUUGUGAAGACUUUGAUGCCCCUUUUGGUUAAUGUUUUAGAAUGUCUAGAUGCUGCUUAUCAACAAAAUCAGGAACAGGAUGUUGAAUUAGAAUUAUUAAGAGAAGAUAAUGAACAACUAGUUACCCAAUAUGAAAGAGAAAAGGGGGCUAGGAAGGCUUCAGAACAAAAACUAUUGGAGUAUGAAGAUGCAGCUGAAGGAGAACGCAAAGAAAUGUCGACUCGUUUAGAAGCUCUGGAGAGCAUAGUUCGUAUGCUGGAACUGAAACACAAAAAUUCCAUGGAACAUGCUGGUAGAUUAGAAGAAAGAGAAGGAGAACUGAAAAAAGAAUAUGCCAAACUACAUGAAAGAUAUACAGAAUUGUUCAAAACUCAUGUAGAUUACAUGGAAAGGACAAAAUUGUUACAUUCUAGUCAACAACUAGCUAAUGAAAGAGUAGACGCGGGAAGAUUAAACUCGAAUCGGUUAAAUGUGGGAAGAAGUUCUGGACCCAUAUCAUUUGGUUUUGAAUCUUUAGCAAAUGCAGAAAUUGUUGAUAGCGUACCAUCAUCGCCUAUUAGCAGUGUUCACUCCUCACCAAGUUUACACAGUGAGAUGGACAAUUUACGAGAUGGCAUCAGCAAGGUGGAAAGGGGACAAACAACAGAUUCUUUAAAUUUGGAAAAUAAAAGCGUAAUUACAUCUCCAGUUAGUCCACAAGCACCGCAAAAUAAUAAUGGACGAUUAAAUACCAAAAAGGAACAAAGGAGCGGCAAUACUUUGUAUCAGGAAUUAAGUUAUCACGAUGUUGAUGCGGAUGAUGAUGCAGGGGACAUUACAGGUGGCUGGGUUCACCCAGGUGAAUAUGCAUCUUCAGGUAUGGGGAAAGAAGUUGAAAACCUUAUAAUGGAAAAUAAUGAACUGUUAGCAACAAAGAACGCUUUGAACGUGGUCAAAGAUGAUCUUAUUGUCAAAGUUGAUGAAUUGACUGGUGAAAUUGAUAUGCUGCGUGAAGAAAUUUUAUCAUUAAACGUUUCCAGAACCAAACUUAGAGAAAGAAUAAGUGAUUUGGAGGAAGAACUUAAGAAAGUCAAAGAAGCAAAUGAAACUAAACAGGACGCUGAUGAAGAAGCCGAUGUGCCGAUGGCACAACGAAAAAGAUUUACGAGAGUUGAGAUGGCUCGAGUUCUUAUGGAACGCAACCAAUAUAAAGAGCGAUUUAUGGAACUACAGGAGGCCGUCCGAUGGACAGAAAUGCUGCGUGCAUCGAAAAGUGAUACCCCUUUUGAGAAAAACAGCAAUAAAGGUAUAUGGAGGUUUUUUAGUAAUCUCUUUACCGGAAACGAAAGGGUACAGCGACCAAUGGUGGUACCACAUUUAAGGUAUCAAGCGACGACUAAUCAGGUGACACCUGGCAUAAAGGCUCUACCCAGGAUUGGACAUCAAGAUCUUAUCGAAACUGAAUUGGGUUCGGAUAAGCUGGCAAUGCGGAAAUCCUUGGAAAGAAGGGACCAGUACCGUCAAGUCAGAGCCCAUGUCAAAAAAGAAGAUGGAAGAUUACAAGCUUAUGGAUGGAGUUUGCCUGGUAAAGUUUCAUCUUCAAGUCCUGCAGGCAGACAAAGUAGUGGAGGAGUACCGGUACCAGUACCGGUUUACUGCCGUCCAUUAGCUGAAACUACGCGCAAUAUGAGAAUUUGGUGUGCUGCUGGGGUCAAUCAAUUAGGAGGUUACACCAAAGAUGGAGGCUUAAUGGUUGGUGGAAGUGUAUUCUAUUCUGAAGAACCAAAUUCACCUUCUCCAAAGCCUCAAACUGAAAUGGAAACACUAGAUCAAGAAUUGAAUUUUGGAAAAGAAGGUGCUCUUCUCGAAACUCGACUCUCUUCUUACGUUUGGAUAUGUACUACUACCACAGUUUUUGGUAAUACCUCCCAAUGCGCAAGUUUAGUCACUAUCAUUGAUGCAAAUAACCCCGCGGAACUUCUUAACAGUUUCGGGGUAUGUUCCGGCCAUGUAAUGUGUAUCUCGAGCGUACCAGGUGCUAGUUUGAGCGAUUACGAAGAUGCCGCUCCCAGAAUCGAAUAUAAUAGCGAAAUUAUAAAUAAAUGUGAUCCUGAAAAUGUUAAUGCCGUCCAAUCGGAUGGCCCUAACGAAGAAAAGAAAGAAAGCCAUGAGAAGGAAGUUGAUGGCAAUCCUAGCGGCGAUAAAAAUGAAGAUAGUAGUAGUAGUACAGAAGUAACAGGUAGUCCCGUGGUUGGUAACAAACAAUCUACUAGGAAUCAUGAAGAAAUGGAAGAGGCUGCAUUGCUUGGAAGAAUUACAUUUGUAGAAAAAGACGAAUCAGUUGUAAAUAGAAAAGAUAAAUGUACCAAACAAGAAAACUUUUGUGAUAAUAGUAAUGAUAAGUCAAACAUAAAUACUGCAACUUGUGAUAAUAACAUUACCGAAGAGGGUUCACCAACUAAAGACAGCUCAAAAAAUACUCAAUCUACAGAAAGCGAUAGUACUCAAAAUGACGAAACUCAGACACAAGAGAUUAUGUCUAGUGUAUUGGCCACCAUGUGGAUGGGUGACGAGAAUGGAAAUAUAUAUGUCCAUUCCUCUGUGGCUAAUUGGGCGCAAUGUCUGCAUACUGUUAAAAUGAAAGACGCAAUUCUAUCUAUAGUACACAUUAAUGGAAGGGUAAUUGUAGCGCUCGCUUGUGGUCAAGUAGCAGUAUUCAGGAGAAAUCAAGACGGAGAAUGGGAUUUGUCUCGAUAUCACUUGGUGCAACUUGGUCUACCGCACCAAGCUGUUCGCCAGUUGGCUGUGGUAGGAGACAAAGUUUGGUGCGGAUAUCGAAAUAAAAUUCACGUGUUGCAACCACAUGACUUAAAAAUUGUGCACACAUUAGAAGCACAUCCAAGAAGAGAAAGCCCAGUAAGACAAAUGGCUUGGUUGGGAGAAGGAGUUUGGGUGUCGAUUCGAUUGGAUUCAACACUUCGAUUAUAUCAUGCGCAUACAUAUCAACAUCUACAGGAUGUUGAUAUUGAACCAUAUGUUAGUAAAAUGUUAGGUACGGGUAAAUUAGGUUUUUCUUUAGUUCGCAUUACUAGUCUAUUAAUUUCGUCGAAUCGGCUGUGGAUAGGAACCAGUAAUGGAGUAAUAAUAUCGGUGCCGUUAAGCGAUAACAACGGCACUUCUGGUGCUGUCAUUCCCAGAGGUACUUUGCUACCUGGUCCAGGAGCUUUAGUUCGAGUACCUCCUACGCCAGGAAGUUUUGUACCAUUUUGUACGAUGGCGCAUGCUCAGCUCAGCUUUCAUGGGCACCGAGAUAAUGUUAAGUUUUUUGUUGCUGUACCUGGAAAUGGUGGUAUGAGUUCAGCUUCAACGCCUUCAGAGGCAAUGUCAGCUUCUGUAUCUUCGAUUGGUAACAAUUUGAAACAACCAAGUGCCAUGUUGGUUAUUUCAGGCGGGGAAGGAUAUGUAGAUUUCAGAAUCGGUGACGAAAUGGAAGAAAGUAUACCGGAAUUAAUUUUACCAGUAGCAACAGAUGCCGACAAAAAUAUGAAUAAAUUGAGUCAUCUCAUUCUUUGGCAAGUGUCAGUGAGUUAAACGUAGUCAUCAAGGUGGCGUUUUUUAGAACAAAAGAGAUUAUUUUGUGAGUCACAUGUAAGACAAUGUGGCCAAUACCAAACGAAUCAUUUGACAAGUAAUUCAAUUAAGAUAUCAAUUUAUAUUGAACAAAUUUGGUACAAAGUAUUAAGAAUUUUAUGGUAUGUUAAAGAGAUUCACAAAUUUCUUCAUAAUACGAUUCGUUCACCAACUGAAGCCAAAACGAUGUAUUUGGUUGUUUUAUUCAUGUAAUUAUUUAAAACCAUUUUAAUUUGAAACUUUGUACCAGAAUGGUUCAAUGUUUGGGAAUGUACGGAUUCGAUGUUCAGGUCUAUAUAGGCCCAAUUUUACUGGAGUAAAGGAUGUCCUAAUAAUUAUUCUCUUAAAAUGAGUUUUGCAUAACUUAUUUAAAUUACUCAGUAAUUUAAAUAAUUUAUUUCAUUAUCACGAAUUGGAAGUAUAUUUUACAAUGCCUACAUUUAAUUUAUCUGUUUCGGGAUUAAUAGACUUAAUAACCGGUCUGAAAGAUAUUUAUGUUUUAAAUUCUUAAUCUUAAUUGUGCGAAUAAAGUAGCAAUGCUGUCAUGGUACAUUUUCAACAAAACUAACCACCCUCUUUUUCAUAUUACAAGAGAGAACCUUAAAAAUAACAACAGGUGACAACAAGAAUAAAUAUUAUAAUCUUUUUGUUUAAAUUAACACAUGUAAUUGUUAAACAAGAGCAUUUUUUAUGAAACUUGGUGACAUUUUUAGAAACGCAAAAUAGUGCGAUAUUACAUUACUUAUUUUUCAUUUAUGUAAUUAUUUAAAUAUUAUUUUUUGGUUUAUAUACCACGGCAGCAUUGUCUCUAAACUCAAAAAGAUUAUUAUAUAAUUAUGAAUGAUAAUGAAACUAGAAUUUAUUAACGAAUGGUUUAAUCAAAUUUCGUACAAAUUUUAACAUUCUUCCAUACUUUUUACAAGUAAAACAACCUUUUUCUACUAUAAAGUUUUCAGAUAAUUCUAAUUCUUGUGUGUUUGUGAUUGGCAAUGUUGUGCUUGGUAGAAUAUUGCUUUAUAGCAAUAUUUCUAGAUCUUUAAAUUUUGGUUGAAUUUAAAACAUGGUUUAUACGCGUAAUAUUAAUCAACGUUGUUCAUUCAAUUUUUAAUUUCUAUUAAUCUCAGUUUUUUGUUAAAAUUAUUAUUUUUCUUUUUAUUAUUUAUAAAAAAAACUAUAGAAUAUUUUUUAUCAAUUUCCAAAACCAAAUAAUGGCAUUUUUUCUGCUAUAAUUAAAAAAUAUGCUAAAAACAUUUUUAUUUUAUUAAAAAGAAAUAAUAUUGAAGAUUUUUAUACUUUGUUGACAUUAUUUAUUGUUAUCUAUUUAAAUUAUUGUAAUAAUUAUUUACAGUGAUGUUUAUUUUUAUAAAGACUACUGUUAAUAAAUUUGACUCAAGAAUUAGUCAGGGUGGAUACUGCAACAUUUGUAUUAUCUAACAUUCUUUAAAAAAUGUGAUGUAUUUAAUUUUUAAAGUUUAUUGGUUGCUAAAAACAUGGAUAUCUCAAAUUGUGCAGUAACUGCUGUAGUAAUUUUUUGUUUUUUUUUUAUUUAAGUUUCCAUGUUUUAUUAUAUACUAUUGCCAUUUACAAGACAAU